CGCCCAAAUUCUUCAAGUCAAAAUGGCGUCUAGUAAGAGAGGAAAGAGUAAAAAAGGUUUCCUACGACUAAGUAACGAAGAAGUGGCUGUAAUGGAAGAUGGAGACUACUCUGGAUCAGAAAUAGAACUAUUAGACGUGUCUGAAAUGAGAGGAAACGGGAGCCUACUAAAAGAACCGCUACCGCUAGGAACAAGUGACAGGAAGAGUAAUGGCUGCUGCAUGUGCUGCGUUGCUUUUUACUUAUUCCUAUUAACAAUUUUGUUGAUGUUGCUGUCAUUGUUUAUGCUGUUCAUGGGUUAUAAUUACCAGCUCCUGAAGGACAGGAUGGACUCAAUGGAUACUGACAUGGAACGAAUCAAAUCAGAUCUUCAGUCACUUCAAGGCUUGCAGGAUUCACAAUCAAGUCAACACGUUGCUCUUGUUCACUCUUUGUCUGAUAACGUAACUCGUUUGACGAGUCACUAUACCGGUUUGACUGGUGAACUGAAAGAGAUCAAAGAGUCAAUGAAAGACAUUAAAGAUGAAUAUGUGAAUGAAGGAAGAGAAUGGCUACCCUUCAUUAAUAAGACCCUAACUUCAAUGGUUUCCAAUGUUCAAAUGAUUACUAAAUCAUCAGCUCAGUAUAAGAGCAUACUGGAGAGUCUAAGCAGUCAGUUUUUGGAGACUAAGAAAUACUGCGGUGGAUUUGGUGGUCGUAUUGAUGCUGUGUCGGCAAAAACCAGCGAUACAGCUGAUAUAGUGGAAGCACUAAAGACGGACAUUAAAGCAAGGAAUAAAUUCAUUGAUAGAGUCAUGUCCAAUUUAAAUUAUUUUGAAGGAAACACUACAGAGAAGUUAAAGAAGUUUGAUUGGAUUGCUAAUACUUCUCUAGAUGAUCUAAUGGCAGCAGCUGCUAAUUUAACUGAACACUUGAAUGAAGACCAUAUUUCCAAGUUGAAUAGUUUAAGACUUGAGAUAAACGAGCUACAGAAUAAGAUGACAUUUGCUUUGGAGCAGUUACAUAAUAUAUCCGAGCUCAUUCCUUCUGCUUCUCCGCCCACUCAAAUUUCUAAAACUAGCACCUCCUCUUUAUCGCUACAAGCCACACCUACUUCGGUGCAGACCACACCCACCACAGUGCAGGCCACACCUACUAAAGUGCAAAGUUCCUCUAUAGCACCAAGUAGGACCGUCACAAAUGAGAAGACCACACCUACUGGGACCACACCCACCGGCACUAGUACAGUUAGUGUCACUAGUGCCACGCCCAGUCCUUCUACUUUUAGCCACGCCCCCUCGUCGCAUAACUCAAGCAAAGCAGUGGAACUAUUGCAAAACUUCCAAACCUUCUGUUUGUCUCACCAUAUCAUUAAAUCCAAUUCAAUCCAAUUCUCUCUCUCUCCCUCAACAGCUGCUCUGUAUUAGUUCAUCAUUUUGAGGCUAUGGGUGGUCUCGUGGGAUAUUUGAUCAUUUUUGCAUGAACUUAUGUUUAUAAAGAGAGUCACUCAGCCCCACACUAGAUCACCUUAUUGUUAAUUGUUCAUGUGACCAUGUACAUACAUGUUUAUGCUUCAUUGUUUCUCUAUAGACUAAUAAGUCAAUACAUUAUUAAAUUCUGUCAUCAGCCCACAAUCCAAUAAUAUCAAUCAUUCAUGCUUGCAAAAGGAAGCAUAGUUUUUGGUAUUUUGUACAAAUUUGGAAGAAAAAAGAGUCUCUUUGGUAUAAGUGUGAAUCAAUUUGAAUCAAAUUAGAACAGAACCUGAACUGUGUGUAUACAUGUACAUGUACAUGUAUAUGUAUGUGUCUCUUCAUUCUUUAUAUUUGUCUGGGUCUCAAUUGGAGCACAAUCAUGUACAUGUUCAUACAUUUAU